AUGCGGUUGCGGCUGUCACACGUCGCCCUCCUGGCAACAUUUGCUUCUUUCGUGUACUACACAAAUGCACAGGCACUUAACGAUCCUAUUACUCAGUACAUUGAAGGCCGACUAGGGAAUAGAAGGAUAUUCUGGUGCCCUAGCGGAUACGGGUACCUGGCGUACUGCCCACAACCGACCGACUGGGACAAUUACAAUUGGUGCUGUACCUGGCCCUACAUGGGCUCAUGGAAACCGUCAUGUUGUCCGUUCGCCAUUCCCACCGGCGCUGUGGUCGCCAUCAUUAUCGCAUCCAUAGUGCUAGUCGCAGUGCUGAUCGGCUUGUCCUGUUGGUGCUGCUAUUGUUGUCCUCUGUACAAACAACUGUACGAAUACGAGGACGACUAG